GAUCUCUUGAUAACACACUGUUUGCUUACAUCUGGCCAGCCAUCCUGCGACAACAAGGCACCACCAAUCACUCAGUUCAAUCCUACAACAUCGUCUAAUCAUGAGCCUCGUCACACCUCCGAAUUCUGUCGGGAAGUAGCCUCUAUGACCACUGAGAGGUGGUUAUAAGCGCUAUGUUCGACAUGAAGACCUUGGCGCUGCAGUAUAGCUGCCGUGUUGGAAGCAGGCUGGGUUGGCGCAUGAGAGCCUUCUCUGACUUUCAAGUCGGGAGAGACGAUUAUAAGUGCAGUUGAGUAUCCAUCGCAACCCAAAUCCAUUAUAAUCCUCUUGAAUUGUCUUUUCACCAACGCUUGACAUCUGGACAUCACCAUUUCCCAACGGCCAUGUCCUCCUCCCUCUACGAACCCCUUCAUCCCACCGAGUUCAGGCUUCUCAGACUGUUACCACGCUGUAGGGAGAAAGACACAAGAAAAGCGGGAGGAGAGAAGGGUGCAGCCAAAACGAAAAGAGGAAAAGGGGGUAAUAAGGGAAGAAAGUGGAGAGCCAGGGAGGGCAAGAAGGUCAAGAGUGCGGAAAACAGUGAGCUGAUCUCCCUCAAACUAAAGACAUUCCCGAUCAGCAAGUGCCUAAGUUACCAAGCCCUUCCAUACUGCUGGGGACCACCUGAGCCCAAACAGAAUAUACGAGUAAACAAGACUCGCCAGUUGGACAUUUGGCCAGAACUUCACAAGGCUCUUCAAGUGUUCAGAGGCUUGGAUGCCAUCCGGCACCCUCAAUGGAUCUGGAUCGAUCAGAUAUGCAUCAAUCAGGAAGACGAGGACGAGGAGGGUGUCCAGAUUGGAAUGAUGGGUGACAUCUAUAGAGAGGCGUAACUCAUCACCAUCUGGGCCGGUGACGGUGACUCGAAGAUGGAAGAGAGCCUGGAGAAGACGAGGGAGUUCGCAUUGCGAUAGCGCGGUGUCCGCCUAUGAGAACACAGGGUUUCGUGGUGCUGGGUAUGUACAGCCGCCACUUGGAAGACUAUGAAGCCCUCUUACAACGCCAGUGGUUUACCCGCACAUGGACACUACAAGAGGUUCUCUUGGCCAGGAGUGCACGGCUGGUUUGCGGUUGUUCCAUCAAAAGCUGGGAUGAACUAGCCACCGUGUACUUGCGCUGUCCGGAAGAGUGCCAAAGCAGCAUAGGUGUGGCUAGAAGGGCAAGCCUUGGAUAUGGGGCCCUGAAGCCUUUUGAUACUCUUGUUCGCUGCCAGAAGCGGAAUGAUUCUCGUCGCUACGAUCUCGAGGUGGUCACUCUUGUUCGGCAACGGGAUUGCACCGAGCCUAGGGACAGAGUGUAUGGAAUACUCGGGCUCGUCAGUCCGGAAAUCCGGACGCAAAUUACUAUCGACACCACACUUCAUCAUUGCACGGCAUUUAAAGACUUCGCCAAGGCCUUCCUCAAGCAUCAUGGGCCUGAUCUUUUCAUCCUCGUUCCUGGACGGGUUGAUGCUGGGCAAGAGUCAGAGUCAGAAUUUCAAAGUGACACAAAUUUACCAUCCUGGGUCCCCGAUCUAACCCUGCCUCCCCUCAUGACACGUACUUGGUCUCGUCACGAAGCGGGGAGACGCUUCUCAGGGCUGACGCCGGAACACCCACUGUUCAACGAUGAUGAUAUUGCGAUUCAAGUCGCAGGAAUACACAUGGCCACCAUCAAGCAAGUUUACCCAAGCGUCGAUAUCGAGGCCUUGGCGCCCCAGCUGGAUGCAGACCACAGGAUGAUGGAGAGAUUGGGAUUCCAGGGGCCUUCUUUCACUUCUAUUGAUCCUGCCAGAGCACGCCAAGACAUUCGUACUUUGAUACAGCGGACACACUCGCAUUUUGGAUACAAUGCAACCCGUCAUCUCGGCCGUGCCGAUUUCAUUCGCACUUUGAUGGGUGGGCACUUGUACCCCGAGUGGCUCGGCGAAAACCUCGACCACCGACAACAAUUUUCUCAGUUAUUAACCGCACUUGGGUCAUCAUCUAGGGGCACUUCCGACAAUGGUCUAGCCAAUGGUCCAGCCAAUGUAUUUUUGACCUCCAUGGCCGAGGCCUGGAAGGGCGCUUGUUUGGUUACUGCUACCGUACCGGGACGUGAUGGUGUAUCGGCGGGGAUUGCGCCCAUGACAUCGGAAAAAGGGGACAAGGUUUUUGUUUUCUUUGGGGGUUCAACUCCUGUCGUUACGAGGGAUUCAGGGGAGGGUGAUGGAAGUUACAAAGUAAUUGGUCCUGCUUAUGUGGAUGAGUUCAUGGAUGGAAUUGCGUUUGAAGCCAGAAAGCCGCUGGAGAACUAUGAGAUGGUCACCAUCAGGUAGAGAACCCACACCCAGCCCAGUUUGCAGUAAUGAUCAUUUAUUCAUCUAUAUUCCCUCGAAAUUUCAGCCGCUAACAAGCUCGCUCGUUUGGAACUCCGUUUGCUUCUCCAGCUCCUCUUUCACGGCCUCUACCACCUUAGCAUCCCCCCCUUUUGUCUCAUCGCCCUUCACCCUCUUCUCACCGCCGUUGGCCUCCUCCUCCGCUACCCGCUUCUUAUCCUUCUUCCCCGGCUGAAUCGCACCUCUAGCCAUCGCCUCCUUGGGCAACGGCCGAAUGAUAGGCUGCACACACCACCAAGGCCUCUUACACCUCAAAAUAGCCGUCGCGCUCGUCUCCGCCGGACCCAUCUCCUCCACCAGCUUCUUUAACCUCUCUUCCUCCGCAGGAUCCUCCAUCGACUUCCCAUCCGUCUCCUCGUACUCGAUGAGUCCCUCCGCAACCUUCUUCUCAACCAUCUUGUAUAUCCCCUCAAACUGCUCCAACUCUCCUAACCUCGCCCUAGCCAAUGCAUCUCUUACAUCAUGGUGCUUUGAGACAAAGUGCCGUAAGAGGUGGAACAUGUGCGCCUGAAGGGCACCAUAGUUGGGGUUACCGAAUGCCUCUGAUUUCGACCCCUUUUUCGGCGGGAUCACAAUCUCCUCCUUCAUCCACUCCGUAUCCAUCCCCUUCCCAGGUACAAACAAUGGCCUCCUCGCCGGUGGCUCACCCCCCUUCACAUACUUGUGUAAAAUAUCCAGAUACCGUCUAAAAACAGCAUCAACCCUCCAUCCCCCCUUCCCAUCCCUCCCCCUCCAGAACUCAUCCUCAAACGCCCCCGGCUGAGGCUCAGGCGCAAAAAUCGCCGGGUUAGACAAGUUCCCCUCAGCAGACAUAACCCCAUCCGCCCCCGUAGCAGCAAUACACUCCUCGAUAUCCCCGUGCUCCAGAACAUUCCCGUUCGCAAAAAUGACCGUCUCCGCCGGUAGGUUAUCCCUCAAAUACCGAAUAUACUCCCAAUCCGCCACCCCCGUCAAAUGGCUCUUCUGCUCCCUCCUCCUCCCGUGAACAGUCAAUAUACUCGCCCCGGCACUCAACACAUUCUUUGCGUACUCCAGCGUCUUCUCCUUUGUUUCCAAAAUCCUAAUCUUGGCCGUUACUGGGAUGGGAAGAUUCUCGUGAAGGGUGUUGAUCAACCUAUAAAUCAACUCCUGAUCCUCCUGCAAGAAACUGCCGUAGUGCCCCUUUUUGGCGAUACCUUGCGGGCAGCCGAGGUUGAGGUCUACCGCGUCGCAGUAGGGGGCGACUUUUAAGGCAGCAGCCAGCAAGUGCUGGGGGUCGUUGGCGCAGAAUUGUACAAACAGCGGCCUGUCGCCGACAAGGGGGUUGCCGUCGAGCCAGAGGGUGGCGGGGUCUUUGGGGAGGACGCACUGGAAGUGCGAGUCGCGGUAUUUGUUGUAGGGUGGCUUCGGAGCGUCUUGGGAGAACAAUCGGGCGUGGAACAUGGGGGUGUAGGCGAGGAGUUUUGACUGCAGCUCGGGGGGCAUGAAUGAGCGGGAGAGCAUACGCCAGGCCUGGAAGCAAAAAACCAUCACGUCAGCCAAAAAUCAGUCAUGAACAGAGAAGGGAGGGCGUACAAAUUCGGACUGAUCAACCAUUGGCGCGAGGAUAUACUUUGGCGACCCGAUACUCUCGUAGAACUCCCUCCCGUGCAACUUCUUCACCGUCGCCGCCGCUGGGGCAUCUGUUGUCGGAGCCGUCGCCAUGGUCGAGUACAACCCUCUGCUGCCAAAGAAGAAAGAAGAACCAGCCUGCGAGGUACCACCUCUCCCACCAGCGGCGUGGAGGAGCCUUCUUCCCAAAGUAAAUAACGCCACGAUUUUUUCCCUUCCCAAGUUCAC